GAAGAACUGUGUUCCUUGAUCGAUAUUUCUGUCCGGAAUAUAUUUGACGUGGCACACGACAACAAUAAUACGGAAGAAGUAGGAAUCAGGUGACACCGCUUGCUGCAUUUGCUUAUUAGUUUCUGACGGUGGAAAAAAAUCACAUUAUGGAGGACCAGGAGAUGCAAUUGAAAGUCAGACGAGUGACUGACAAAUUCACGGAGAGCAUGUACGUGCUGGCCAACGAGCCGUCUGUGGCUCUCUACAGGCUGCAGGAGCACGUCAGGAGGUCGCUGCCUGAACUGGUGCAACACAAGACAGAUAUGCAGAGUUGGGAGGAACAAAGUCAAGGAGCCAUCUACACUGUAGAGUACGCAUGCAGUGCUGUGAAGAGCAUGACAAACAGCAGCUUGUAUUUCAAAAACAUUGACAGCCUUCUCCGUCAAGCCAUCAGCAUGAAGGAACAGAUCAGUAACUGUCAAGGACGCAGCUUACAUGAUGUGACUCCCUCUCCCAGCCCCCUUGUUUCCACUCCACAUGCCCCAUCCUCAUGAUCUCUGCUCAAAGGUGUCCCAGGUUAGUAAUUUCUCCAGACAAGAAGUAGUCGGAAUUACUUGAAAUGAGUCUAAUGUGCAUAUAAAUGACCUUUGUAAGAUAGCAAGCUUUAAUGAACAUUGUUUUAAUCUCUUAAUUUUGAUGUCGUUAUGUUUUCUAGAAUACAUUUAUUUAAGAUUUUUGUGACAUAAUUUUGAACAGCACAAAAUAAAACACAUCUGCACAUUGUGUACACAUAUUUGGCAGAUAGCCGCUAUAUACAGCAGAAUAAAUUAUUUACAUCAUUACAGGGAAAGCUAUAAAUUUGCCCAGUUGAUAAUUGGGUGACAUUGGUAUGUUUAUAAGAGAUUUAAAUCAAGUUCAUUCAUGCAAAACACUACAAAUGAUAUAGUAUAUUUUCCACCAAGUCAAAAAAAAUGGUGAAAUAAGUGUUUAAAAGUAAAAACUUGGGUGUGUUUUCCAAUCAGUUCCAUGGAAAAAGUACAAAAUAAUGGUUCUACAUCUGCACUUGGUUUUCACUUGUUGGCAUCCACCUGAAGUAGAUUGAGGAAGGAGAUCAGUCCUCUAUAGCUACUGUUGUGUUUAAGCAGAAGCUCAGCUUGUUUUGUGUCACACAAGAGUGGAGUCUUUUGCAGAAAUCCCUGACUUGCGUGCAAGGACACUCCUCAUCUCAUUGUUGACCCCGUUCCAGGGUUUAACUUGGGCCUGCAGUAAACCAGAUUCAGUAGACAGGGUCCUGUGCAUUCGAGGACAGCUGCCGCCGCUGCUGUAGCCGUCUUUAUCACUAGCGUGUCCCUGUGAACCUCCUGCAGGGGAAUACUGCUGUUGUUGAUACAGUUCUCGCUGUCUCGGGCUGCCACACUGAGAGAAGGAGAUCUGAUGCUGGAGGUGAGACUGGCUGCGGUGCAUCCGCGGUUUGUCCACGCCAAUCUUCAACUCACAGGGCCGAGAGACUGGCGUGCUGCUGCUGCCGUGGUCGUUCUGAAAGAGAGUGUCCAGACGGUCGCUGUGGUAGUGCUUGGCUGUGUGAGAAGCUUUGACCAGGGAGUGUAUCACAGCCACCAGCAGGAUCAGGAUCCCAGAGGACAGAACGCAAGCACUGGCAAUGCCGGUCUCCAUCUCAAAUAUGAGGAGCAUGAAGAUGGACAUAGCUGCCAAGACAGAGAAGAGAGUGUAGAAAAACAGAAUUUCUGCAUACAGAUACUGUAGAUAAAAUGACUCGGAGCUUCAGUAGAGAGCAACUGGACUUCUCUUUUAAGUUCUUGAAGAUGUUUCGCCUUUCAUCCAAGAGGCUUCUUCAGUUCAGAACUGAAGGAGCCUCUUGGCUAAAAGAAAAGUCUGGUUGCUUUCUACUGAAGCUCCUAGAAUUACCAUGACGUAGAUGACUACGAAUCUAGACAGACAUGUAUAUAAAGUACUUUUCUCUUUACCUAGAAAUUAUAUGCAUUUGCAAAGCUAAAUAAAUGUAAAUAAAACACACACUGAAACUUCCUGGUAGCUUCUAAGUUGUCGUGUACUUGUCUGCAGGAAAAGGACCACGGAUUCAGGCAUGCUGAAGGAGGGGGGAGAAAAGCACAGCUCUGGGAUGUGACGUGGCUUCCUGUGUUGGCGGCGUCACCUCUACAGUGUCUUGCUCUGUUACCUAUUGAUUGCAGCUGAAGUGGGGUCAUAAGAGCGACACCUCCUCAUCACAAUGGAGUGACUGCCUCCACUGACCCCCCAGUACAAGCCACUCAGUGGAACAGAGCACACCAGCGCUGCCAGGUUCAGCAUUAAAAACACUUAAGUCAUGGCUGCUCAAAGAAUGCAUUGUUCUCUGGGACUCGCUGGACGGAUCAGCGAGAAAGCAGCAGCAAUGUUUUUUUUGCCUCCGCUGUUGAAAAUCCACUGUACCGCCAAUGUUUUGGAGACUAGUUGUCAGGCUUUCUGAGUUUAUUGUUAAAGGUUAAUGAGUAAAAAGUGGUCUGCAUGCCAGAUUGGACAACACAUGUUUACACAAAAAGUGCAAACUCUCAAAAAGUAAAAAAAAUCUUCGUUUUUUUUUUUUGUUUUUUUUUGUUUUUUGUACCUGCCAAGUAGACAGAAACUCCCAGGCAGAAGAGUCCAAUAGCCACAUGUCGUACUGCUCUGCUGUCCAAAAGGAACCAGUCUGCUCUGUGGAAGGAAAACUCAGAAGUUUGAUGUCAUUCCUUGGACAAAUUUACACUUGAAUGUUACUAUUUAUGUUUGCAUUAGUGCAUGAAUUAAGAGACCUGGAAGCAACUUAAAUUUUGUUCUUGCUGUACAAUUAAACUAUUCUUGCCCCUCUUCUGAGUUUGCACUGUUAAACUAACCUAAAAUGCUUGAUCAGGGGUUCCUUGGAUAAUAGUAGGAAUUUAGUGACACUCAUUACUAUUCACAUUUUCUUGGAAUGUCCCCUCUGUCAGUAGGGAGGUCCUGAGCCAUGCUGUCGGAUUUGUAUACCGACGUGGGAAAGGGCCAGCUCGAGGCCGUGCGCCGAGUGCAUAAUGAGAGGAAGGCCAUUGUUUAGAUAGGAUUCGUAAGGGUUGAGAGGUGGGGGUCGGCCAACAACAUUGCAGUCUGGGCCUCUGCACUAUGACACAUGAGGUAGCCCCCUUUUAUGCUUCUGAAACUGUGUUAUUCUUUUAAUGAAACUGAAUAGUUCAAUCUAAUAUCCAGGAUAAGGCUGCAGUUUUACAGAGUUCACAGUAAAAGAAGAUUGUGUGGGCAUGAGGCGAAACACAUACUAAACAGAUUAAAGGUUGUUUCCCACUUUUAGCAACAGUGCUGUGCACCCACUGUGCGAUUAGAGAAUAGGAACCCGUAUAGCGCGGAGCUAUAACCUUAUAAUAAAUAUUACCUUACUUAAAAUAUUAUGUUUUUGAAGGCACUGAUUGAAUUCUGGGGUUUUAUGUGACGUACUUUUUUGUGAUAGUGUUUUGCUUUGCCUUUUAUCGAGAAUGAAAUAUAUGUGUGUUACAGAAUCAUCUCACAAUCUACUAACUGCACCUCCAACAACAACCUCAAAUUAUAGGAUAAAGUUCCUUUUUGACACUGUUGCAUCAACAAUAAACAGCUGUAUUGGA